AUGAAGUUUUCACAGUCCAUCAUCGCUGUGUCUACUGCCGUCGGCAUCGUCACUGCUGCACCUCUCACCGAGCGCCAGGCACCCGCUAUCACUGAUGCCGAUAUUCUCAACUAUGCUCUUACCCUCGAGCAUCUUGAGGACAAGUUCUACCGUGAGGGCCUUGCCAAUUUUACACAAGCGCAAUUCGCAGCUGCUGGCUACGACGCAACCUUCUAUGCAAACAUAAUGAGGGUCUCUAGUGACGAGACUGCUCAUGUCGACUUCCUGACAACGGCCUUGACAGCGGCUGGUGCUACACCUGUUGCGGAAUGCACCUACGCUUUCGGCAUCACCGACGUUGACAUGUUUGUGGCCACUGCUUCAGUCUUAGAAGGCGUUGGUGUCAGUGCCUACCUUGGCGCCGCUGCCGAUAUUCUGAGCAAGGACUACCUUACUGCAGCCGGCUCCAUUCUCACUGUCGAGGCCCGUCACUCGUCGUACCUUCGUUCAUCCAUAAAAGAGUCUCCUUUUGCCCAGCCAUUCGACACACCUCUGACCAUCGACGAAGUUUAUACCAUCGCCGCGGCAUUUAUCACCUCUUGCCCGGCUAGCAAUCCAAAGCUCCCUGUCAAGGCCUUCCCUGCGCUGACUCUCGACCCCUCUACCCCCAUGCCUAUAAAAUCCGGCAGCGUGGUCACCCUCUUGACCCCCGGCUACACCCUCCAGCCUGCUAGCGGUGUCGCCACGAUCUAUGCCGCUUUUAUCUCAGUCACUGGGCCCACUUUCGUCGCGGCAACUCCAGUCUCUGGCGGCUUCUCCGUUACUAUUCCCAAAGGCUUCUACGGUCAAUCAUACUCUGUGCUCACAAGUUGCAACGAGACUGUCACAGAUGACACGACAGCGGCUGGCCCAGCGCUAAUUGAGGUUCGUCAAUUCCCCCAGUACAGAUAA